AUGACACUGACCACGAAGAUGACCAUAUCGCUCCCGCCGGAAGUCCAGGCUUAUAUCGUCCAGUACUGCCCUCGAGAGGCAUGGGUGCCUCUCAUAUCGGUAAACCGACUCUUUAAGGAUGAAGUAGAGCCCUUGCUUUAUCGAUCUAUCGUGAUCGACUCGAGGAGAAACCAGAGAGCCAAAGGAUGCCUGGAGACCCUGUCUGCUCACUCUGAUAAGGCCAUGAUGGUUCGGCAGAUGAAGGUCUCAUUAUUUGGGACGGCGGACCGCAGUUUGGUGGACAAGAUCCUUGCAUGUGCGGAGCUGAUGAAGGAUUUGAAGCAUUUGGAUUUGAAAUUCGGACUGGAGGACGACUGGGAUGAUUCUCUGACUCAGAAGCUGCACCGUGGCCUCGUCUUUGCAGGUCAAUACCAACUUUCGUCUCUGCUUUACCAUCCGAUCGAAUUUGCCACCCCGGAAGCGCAAAUCGUCCCUCUCAUCGACUGCCACAAGACCCUCGAUGUCUUAGGGUUCUGGUAUCUUUCGCUUUUUUCCCCGGGGGAAUUAUUGUAUUUCCUGAAACUGGUAGUACCGCAUGAUCCCGGGAAACCGUCCCAUCCCGGGGAUCUCGAGCCCUACUACCCUGGAAACAUCCGUGGGGAGUCUGGAUUCCACCUCCCCGCCAUCUAUGGAGUAACGCCCCUGGACGAACUCGGUAUGGUUAACGUUGGCAUCUGCCCUGGGCUUUACGCAGAAGAAGAGCAGCGGCUCUCUCUUUGUCCCAAAAUCGCCGCUCAGCUGAGUACCAUGGAGAAGGAUCAGUUGACGGUUGGGAGAUUGAUGGUGCAUUGGUCUGGGUUGACCAGCGGCGAUUUGACCGUUUCUGAGCUCGAGCGGUUCGCAGAAUCGGUUUCUGCGUCGUUUCCUGCACUAGAAGUGCUGCAGAUCUUGACUAGAUCUAGACCAGCGAGUCCCGCUGACAAGAUAGAGUGCUACAACCGACUCAGAGAAGGGCUGGCUCCGUUGGCUAGAACGCCGAUAUACCUCUUGCAGCUUCUUCCAUGGAAUGAGUCCAGCGAAGAACACGGGUCUGAUUUGGAGGGAGGGCUGACGGCGGGUGAGCUGUGCUCACUCGGCGAGCGAUGGGGAUUGUCCUUUCCCCAUUUGAAGAAGCUAAGGUUGUUUGGGCAGGAUGUGGGGCAAGUUGGUGGACUUGGGUGGGCGGUUACUGUAUAUUGAUUACCUACCGUUGAGCUAAAUUGGUGUUUGUACU